UCCAAAACGUACGGUACUACGAAACAGUCGCUAGCAGCUUACUUUAGAAGCGCUCAUAAAAACUUUUGUUCCUUUGACUGUUAAAUUUUGUACUUCUUUCUCUUUUUCUUUUUUUUAAAUCUCUCAGAAACUCUUAAAGAACAACAUUUCGGACAUAUCUUUCUUCACAAUCUCAUGUUUUUUUAAAUUUCUUCUUUGUUUCAUGUCGGACUCAACAGCUAUCCAUCGCCUCACUGUCUCUCACCGGAAUCUAGGGUUGUCCAGGAAGAACUCUUCUGUGUUUGUUUGAUUUGAGCUAAUCAGAAAGGUGAAAUUGAGAAAAUGGAGGGUGAAGUUGCUACUAACGGAGUGAUUCUCAAGCAUAAUGGUGUAAAGGAUAUUUCUUUAGAAACUUGUUGGCCAGAGAAGAAGAAACCGGUUGAGGCAACGAGUCUUAGCAGUGGUUCAUCAGACAUAGAAGAAGAGAUUAGUGUGGAAUGUCCUAAGCGAGUGGCUAAUCAAAGACGGAAACGGUCUAAAGCUGAUGAGAUUAAAACGAAAUCUUCAAGAAAGAGGAAAUGUGAUGAUGAGAACAAGUGUGAAGAGAAUGAGAAGAAGCAGAGGAGCUCUGUUAAAAAGAGAGCAACUACAUGGAAAGAAGAAGAAGUUGUUGUUGAUGAUGAAAAGAAAUGCGAACAACAACUCCAACUAGUUCCUUCCAGCAAGGCAACAUCUCGAAGCAGGAGCAAGAAAUCAGUCAGUGUGGAUACUUGGUUGGUUAACAACGAGAUUGAUGUUAGCGCUUUGAGUUCGCGUUCUGAGUCUGAACUUUCGGAUUCUUAUCUGAAAACCGAGUACUUUAAUGACUGCAGAAGCAUGACAAGGAGUUUAAAGGCAAAUUUGGGAGAGCUUGCAAUUUGCCAUCAAUGCUCUAAAGGGGAAAGAAGAUAUCUUUUCAUUUGCACCUUUUGUGAAGUGAGGUUGUAUUGUUUUCCAUGCAUAAAGAAAUGGUAUCCCCAUUUGUCCACGGAUGAUAUCCUUGAAAAAUGUCCCUUUUGCCGAGGAACUUGCAACUGCUGCACAUGUUUGCACUCUAGUGGUUUAAUCGAGACAUCUAAGAGAAAGCUCGAUAAAUACGAAAGAUUUUAUCAUCUUCGCUUCUUGAUUGUGGCGAUGCUUCCUUUCCUGAAAAAGUUAUGCAAAGCACAAGAUCAAGAAAUCGAAACCGAGGCUAAGGUUCAAGAUUCAAUGGCUUCUCAAGUUGAUAUAUCCGAGAGUCUAUGCUCAAAUGAAGAGCGUGUCUUCUGUAACCACUGUGCAACAUCAAUUGUUGACUUGCAUCGAAGCUGUCCAAAGUGUUCAUAUGAAUUGUGUCUGAACUGUUGCCAAGAGAUCCGUGGAGGUUGGCUUUCUGACCGCCCGGAAUGUCAGCUACAAUUCGAGUACAGAGGGACCCGGUAUAUACAUGGCGAAGCUGCAGAACCGAGCUCUUCUUCUGUUUCCGAGGAUGAAACUAAAACUCCAUCCAUCAAGUGGAAUGCUGAUGAAAAUGGAAGCAUACGGUGUGCGCCAAAAGAGCUAGGAGGUUGCGGGGACUCUGUGCUGGAGCUUAAGCGAAUCUUACCAGUGACUUGGAUGUCAGAUUUGGAGCAAAAGGCAGAAACAUUCUUAGCCUCUUAUAGUAUCAAACCGCCAAUGUCAUAUUGUAGAUGUUCUUCUGAUAUGAGUAGUAUGAAGAGGAAGGCAGCUUCGAGGGACGGAUCUAGUGACAAUUACCUUUAUUCUCCUGAUUCUUUGGAUGUCCUGAAGCAAGAAGAACUUCUGCAUUUCCAAGAGCAUUGGUCCAAAGGUGAACCAGUGAUUGUUCGAAAUGCUCUUAACAACACAGCUGGUUUAAGCUGGGAGCCAAUGGUGAUGUGGCGGGCUUUAUGUGAGAAUGUUGAUUCAGCAAUUAGCUCUAAUAUGUCUGAUGUCAAAGCUAUCGAUUGUUUAGCUAAUUGUGAGGUGAAGAUAAAUACUCUAUGUUUCUUUGAAGGAUAUAGCAAAGGAAGAACAUAUGAAAACUUCUGGCCUGAGAUGCUGAAGCUGAAGGAUUGGCCUCCUUCAGACAAGUUUGAAAACCUUUUACCUCGUCACUGCGAUGAGUUCAUUUCCGCAUUACCAUUUCAAGAAUACAGCGAUCCUAGAUCAGGAAUUCUCAACAUUGCUACAAAACUUCCUGAAGGACUUCUUAAACCAGAUCUUGGUCCAAAAACUUAUGUUGCAUAUGGGACUUCAGAUGAGCUCGGUAGAGGAGAUUCAGUCACUAAGCUUCACUGUGAUAUGUCAGAUGCUGUUAAUAUUCUGAUGCAUACUGCUGAAGUAACACUAAGUGAGGAGCAAAGGUCUGCAAUUGCAGAUUUGAAACAGAAACAUAAGCAACAGAAUGAGAAAGAGCUUCAGGAGCAAAAUGGUUUAGAGGAAGAAGAGGUUGUGAGUGAUGAGAUUGUGGUUUAUGAUGAAACAAGUGGUGCACUUUGGGACAUCUUUAAAAGAGAAGAUGUUCCUAAGCUUGAAGAGUAUCUAAGGAAGCAUUGCAUAGAAUUCAGACAUACUUAUUGCUCUCGUGUUACAAAGGUGUAUCAUCCAAUACAUGAUCAGUCAUAUUUCUUAACCGUGGAGCAUAAAAGAAAACUCAAGGCAGAAUUUGGGAUUGAGCCAUGGACAUUUGUGCAAAAGCUAGGAGAAGCAGUGUUUAUUCCAGCAGGUUGUCCUCAUCAAGUUCGGAAUCUCAAGUCGUGCACAAAGGUAGCUGUUGAUUUUGUUUCCCCUGAAAACAUCGAUGAGUGUCUCCGUUUGACUGAUGAGUUUCGACAACUCCCUAAGAACCAUAAAGCCAGAGAAGACAAACUUGAGAUAAAAAAGAUGGUGAUCUAUGCAGUUGAACAAGCUCUGAAAGAAGUGGAGACAUUAUUGCUAGAUCGCAGCUAAAAGCUCUAUAGCUUUGUUGUUGUAGGAUUAACAGCAGAUUUUGUAGAAUUGUUAAAGCCAUGGCUAUUGUAGUUGGCUUUUGCUGUGAUAUAUGUAUGUAAAAGAGACAAGUGUCUCUUGAAAAGAAUGAUUUCCUUUUUUUCAAAUGGGAUUUUGAUGUAACUUUUCCUUUUCCGGUCUGUUUUGGCAUAUGAAUGAAUAUUUGAUGUAAGCUUCUUUUGUAUAGUUUUGUAUCUUUACAUCAUUUUGAGAGCAAAUGAAAGUUUAU